AUGAGGAAGGCCAGGCUCUGGGAGCUGCUCUGGUUGCUCUUCAUCUCAGAACUCCAAGCUACAACUGAACCAGAUGAAAUAAAGUAUGUCUUAGCAGAGGGAGGCACCCUGAAUAUGAAAUGUACCACCUCCACCUGGAAGUACACCUAUAGCCAGAAAGCUUGGCAGAAGCUUAUGGAUAGAGAGAAGCCCCUGACACUGAUUUUCACAGAGAAUGUUUCAGGGGAUACCAGUCAAGUCCAGAGAGGCAGGUACUUCCUAGAAGACAUCCCCAGCGAGGCCAUCCUGAACGUCCAAAUGACUAAUCUUCAAGUGGAGGAUUCAGGACUGUAUCAGUGUGUGAUCUACCACCCUCAGAAGAACCCUGACAUCCUGUACCCCCGUGUCCGCCUGGUGGUGACCAAGGGCAUCACUGCAUCAGACAAGAGUCCUACCCAGAACUUGGCUCAGAUUUCCACCCAUCCUCCUACCACUACCAAGGCCCAGAGCACGCUUCUUGCCAGCCCCAGGACUGUGACCCAACUCCCACCCAAAUCAACUGCUGACACCUCCUCUCCUGACUUUGGAGUCAACAUCACAAAUGUGACGAAUGUCACCAGCUAUGGUUUCAGGUUCUCUGUGAUCAACAUUGUCAUUCUUGUGCUGUGUGGAUUCCUGAGCAAGAGCCUGGUCUUCACUGUCCUGAUUGCUGUCACACAGAGGUCAUUUGGACCCUAG